GGCUAAUCAGCAUCUCCAUUUUGCAACUGCACUUUAUGUUGCUUCGACUCUACAAUUACAACAGCCACUCGUCAAACGGCUGCUGCACCGCCCACUUGCAACUCUACCGCCUCAAUAACAAAAGCGCAUCUGAUAAUGUCAGCUGGCCAGACAUACUACGAGUUCUACCGAGGAUCCAGCAUCGGGACAGCUCUUACGGAUGCGCUUGAUGAGUUGAUCACGCAGGGAGAUAUUCCUCCCCAACUGGCUAUGCGGGUGCUUCAACAAUUUGACAAAUCCCUGACUGAAUGCCUUCAAAAAGGUGUUAAGAACAAGACCACUAUCAAGGGCCAUCUUUCAACUUAUAGAUUAUGUGACGAUGUGUGGACGUUCGUUGUAAAGGAUCCUCAAUUUAAGAUGGAAGGCGUUGGCGCCGGAUCUGAAAUGGUCACCGGAUCCAAGAUCAAGAUAGUGGCGUGCAAGAGCGGCGAUGCGGCAGAUGGUAAGAAAGCCGGAGGUGCAAGAGAAUAAUGAUGGUCGAGGGACCGUGGGACGUUUGUCGUAGGACAUAAGGAUCUGAGCUGUAUUGCUUGUGCACAUUUUGAUUUGUAUGUAUCAUUAGAUAUCAAAAGCUAGGCCAAUAUGAGACAAAUGCAACUUCUAAUCAAUAUUG